CCAGGCAGUUCACAGAGGCAAGAGCUCAGCUCCAAAAAGAAAACAGAGAGAAAAAGAGAGACAGAGGGAAGGGAAGCACGUCCAACAUAACGAUAAGCUUGCUGGAAUGUUUCCUUGGCUGUUUAUCACCAUCUGAAAAGCCCUGUGAGUGUGGAUUUCUUCUUGGCUGCUGCUUUUGUGGACUCUUUCUCUUCUUCUCGGUCUGGAUGUGGACUUUAAGUCUGUCUGCGUUCAACUGAGGAGGAACAUCGACUGACAACUUUGGGGAUUUACACUUUGAGGAGUAAACCUCUACUUGUGAGGGUGAGAGAGGAACACUUAAGAGACAGGGGGGGGGGGGGGGGAGAGAGAGAGUGCCGGGCCAUGCCCACCUCUGCUCAUGGUUCAACAGCAUGAAAGGGGGCCACCAUCACCAUCGCCACCACCGAGGCUGUGGCUGCCAACACUUGUUCCGUAAAGUCCUGGUCAAGUGUGGCUGCUGCUAUGCCCGAGUCAGAGACUCAUACUCAGCAGCAGGCAGUGAGGGCAGCAUCUCCACCUCCGUGGCAUCACUACCCCCACAGGCAUCAGGCAGCUCGGCCCCGAGCUCCCCGGGCUCCAGACGCUCUGUGAGCACGCUGAAGAAGUGGCUCACAAACCCUGUCCGCAAACUCAGCGUCGGGGCCAGCGCCAAAGGGGAGCGCCAGGUCCGCAAACUUGAGGGAAAGCCUCCGCCUCUUCCGUCCCACAGCCACAGCCAGGAUCUGGGCAGCCCCCCGAGGCCUGAUGAGACUUUCAUCAUCCUGCCUGUCACCCACAGAGAACUGGAGUGGAAAGAUGGCCUGGCAAGCCCUGAGGACCUGUCACCGGCUACGCUGCAGUCCCCCAGCUACUUAACUGACUCGCUGAUUGGCUGCACGUCACUGCCAAACACCCAGGACACUCAGUCCACCAGUGUUUUGCAAGAUGACAGCGGCUCCGUCUUGAUGGACGACACCUCCAGCCAAUGGUCAGCUGCGGCUGACACUGAAGAGGAGAGGAGGAGUGCCUUAGAGAAAAGCAUGUAUGUACUGAAGGAGCUCAUUGAGACAGAGAAGUACUACGUGGUGGACUUGGGGCUCAUAGUGGAGGGCUACAUGGCCACAAUGCACUCCAAAGGUAUACCGGAGGACAUGAAGGGAAAAGACAAGAUUGUUUUUGGGAACAUUCACCAAAUAUUUGAAUGGCAUAAAGACUACUUCCUGGGAGAACUGGAGAAGUGUAUAGCAGAGCCAGAGAGGCUGGCUCAGCUCUUCAUUAAACAUGAGAGGCGUCUGCAUAUGUACGUUGUGUACUGUCAGAACAAGCCCAAGUCGGAACAUAUCGUAUCGGAGUAUAUUGAGACUUACUUUGAGGAGUUGCGGCAGCAGCUGGGCCACAGGCUGCAGCUCAACGACCUGCUGAUCAAACCUGUCCAGAGGAUCAUGAAGUACCAGCUGCUGCUCAAGGACUUCCUGAAGUAUUACACCAAAGCUGGGAUGGACACAGAGGAGCUGGAGAAAGCAGUAGAAGUGAUGUGCUUUGUGCCAAAACGUUGCAAUGACAUGAUGAAUGUGGGCAGACUACAAGGCUUCGAGGGGAAGAUCACAGCCCAGGGAAAGCUGCUCCAGCAAGACACCUUUACUGUGACCGAGCAGGACAGUGGUUUCUUGUCCCGAGCCAAGGAACGACGGAUCUUCCUGUUCGAGCAGCUGGUCAUCUUCAGCGAGCCAAUCGACAGGAAGAAAGGUUUCUCGCUCCCUGGAUACAUCUUUAAGAACAGCAUCAAGCUGAGCUGCCUAGGGGUGGAGCCCAGUUUGGACGGUGAUGACGCCCGCUUUGUGGUGACAGCACGCAACCCUGAUGGAAGUGUGGUACGCUUCCAGUUGCUGGCCUCCUCCUCUGAGAUCUGCAGGGCCUGGGUCAAUGAUGUGGUUCAGAUCUUGGACGGCCAGCGCAACUUCCUCAAUGCCUUACAGUCACCUAUUGAGUACCAGCGACGAGAGAGCAAGUCUAAUAGCCUGGGCCGCAGCAUGAGGCCCCCUUUGUCUGCUGCCAGUGCCCUGCGGCCACACUCUUCUGCCUCUAUUGACCGUCAUAAGCUGCCCUCCCUUCACUCUCACAACACCUCCCUGCCCUCGCUCUACCUGCCCAGCCAAGGCCAGGGCAGAGGAGCCAGCGAGGCAUACUCACUGCGGGACCCCACUGUGGUCCAGCCAUGCCCUGCUGACUCCCACACUGUUUCUCCGUCACAUGUCCAACUGGGCUUCACUGAUCAACAAAACUGUCAAGCUGUGUCAAACGGGCUGUACACACCUACCACGCAAAGCGCACAGCAGAGAGCAGGAGAGGGCUGCCGAAGGGGUCAGGCUGCCGAUGCUGGAAACCAGGCUUCACUGUCGGGCCCCUUAGCUGGACGACGCCCGAGCAAUCUGGCUCAGCUAGCAGAGGAUGAUCUUUGAACUCUGUUGCCAUCUGUCUCCUCGGUCAAGAGGACAGCAGCUAACGCCGCAGCUGUGGAGACAAGAAGACUUGUCUACUGUCUGUUAAUGCCAGGCUGAACCCUCACCUGGUUCAGUGAUGAUUUCUGGAGGAUACUUAAGGAACCUGAAGGAACAUAUGAAGGAAUUAUGGGCUGCAACUAUAACAUGACUUUGCACCUGUUUUUAGAGGGCCAUUCAGUGGGAGGUGACUAACCUUGGCCACCUCGAACGUACAUGAACAGCACCCAGUGAGAUGUUUCUGGGUUCAGAGUAAAAAAACUUAAAGGACACUCAGCGCUUUUUGAGAGUUUGUACACCAUACUCUUCUCUUUUUCAAAGGGCAAGGGGAAUAUGUUUUAAGACAUAUCCAUUCCUAAUUGGGGCGGUCACUGGAGUUACGCGUGUGCCUGAAUGUAUCUUUAUGCAAAGAUGGGUGAAUGUGUUUGAGUGCAUGAGAGUGUGCAAGUAGUGGCCGUGGCACCUCUUGUGUCCUCUGGUAAAUUUCCUUGAUCAAGUUUUGUUUUCCUGAUUCCCCGUUGUGAAGACUAGUACAAUUUGUCAUUCCCCUGCUGACAACUGAGUUUGCUGUUUGUGUCGACAAGAAUGGAAAAGGCAGAACACUUGAUGUGAAAAAGCCGCGAGGACUUUGCUCACUUGAAUUUCAAAUGAAAGUGAAGAACUUUCUUUCUUGCCACAGUGUUGGGAGCCCCUGUGCGCUCUCUCAUUCUGUUUGACCGGCCCUUGUUUGAUCUGGACAAAAAAAAGGUGUGAGGGAGCCCCCUGGAGGUUCUCUGCAAGUAUGACGUCACUUCUGAAUACUUCAGCUCUUUGGGCAACUCCAGAGGAGUUGCGAGAUACAGUAGGCGCGUUCAAAGGGACUGCUGUGCUGACCCCAAAGUGUUGCAUGCAACAUCUCCUUGGUGGUUGACUUUCUUUACAGGCCGAAGAGUGCUUGUGGUUUGGGGGCACAUGUCCUUAAAUGUGCAUUGGUUUAAAAUAAUACGAAUCAUUUUAUUAGUCCACUGUUGUCAUGUCAUGGCUGUGCACCAUUUCUAUAAUAGCUUUUAGCUUUUGCCCUCAUGGACUAAAUACUGUACAGUGCAUACCAUAAAGGCAAUCAUACAUUUCCACUUGUAAGAUGAAGUAACGGCCCAGAUAUGCCAAGCAGUGUUACCGUUUCAGUUGGUUAAAAUGAAGGGUGAUAUGUUGCUUGAUCAACAGAGUGAUGCUGAUGAAUCUGCAUGCUCCCUCUUCCUCAGACAACAGUGCCAAAAAAGCAGCUCACCACUCAAACGUUUCACGCUCUUACUAAUUUCAGUUUGCCACAACUUACAAAACAAUCAUAGAUAUUUGUGUUACUAUCUUGAUGUUUAAUAUCUAAGUGACAAAAAGAGGAGAGAGGAGUAGAUGGAGACGGCUGUCCUGUCAAUAUCAGGUCAGUUCUGCUCUGUGGUCAGUAGAGGUCCCCACAUGCUUUCACUUUCAGUUUAGUUAGAUCAUACAGCUGCACCAAAGAUCUAUAGGCCUCAUAUUUCAGUGCUCACAAUGAAGCUAAAGCUGCUCAAUAAUCUGUCCGAAACACCAUUAAUUACACGAAAUAAACUGAGAUGUGAGUGGAGCCAUCUCACAGAAUCCAUCUGCAGUUGAUGUGAACUGGUGUGUUUUCAUGGGAACGACUGAUCAGACAGUGUUUCUUUAAUACAAAAUAAUACCACUACAGAGAACCAAAAGCAAGGACAUAAAACCAGGAGAGGGUUGGUUAAUGCCAUGUACGACUGACUAGAAACUGUUGUAUAAUAUCAAAUAAAAAGUGUCUUUUUGAAA